GCCCGCGGGGCGGGGGCCGUUGCCGUUGCCGCCGCCGCUCUGGUGUCGCCAUCGCGUCCGUGUCGCCGGUCCCGGCGCCUCCUCCCCUCGGUAUCCCCCAGCUCUGCGCAGCCGCCCGCUCCCCUGCUGCCCCACGGCCCCGGGAGGCCCUGCAGGGAGCUGUCACGUCCCCCGCAGAGCCGUUACCGUCCGUGCCGGGUCCGGUGUCGCUGCCGCAGCCGCUCGCCGGCCGCCAGCCCAGCAGCAUGGCUCACCUGGGCCACCGCGGCUGCAUGGAGAGCCUGCGAGCCGACCUGCGGGACCUGCAGGCAGCCAUCGGCGACAUCGCGUCCCGGGCCGGGGCCGUGCGGGUCCGCUCCUGGAAGUUCCCCAACCGAGUGUCCAGCGAGCUGGACAUGGGGGAGCUGCUGGAGCGCUACAGCUACACCGAGGGCGACCCCGAGUUCACCCAGCACUGCCAUGUGGUGCUGCUGGAGCUGGUGAUAGACAGGCUGCUGCUGCUGCUCCAGAGCUGCACAGGCUACGCAGCGAAGCUGCUGAGCGAAGGGGCCCUGACCCCGGUGCAGGCAGCAGGACCCUCCCUGUCCGUGGGGCUGACGGCCAAGAGGUACUGCUGCAGCAUGCUGAAACUGGGAGCCUGCUACCAGCAGCUCCUGGCCGAGAAGAAGGCCGUCAAGGAGAGGCCCCCACCACAACCCACCCCCCAGGCUGAGACCCCUGAGAAGAAGCCCCUGCAGCUUCUGAGUGCCUGCAGACCAGACAGGGACAGCUGGGGCAGCUCCCUGCCCGGGGCCGCCUGCAGCACGGCUGACAGCAGCCACAGCAUCCCCACACCAGCGGCUGCCUCGUCCCUGGGAGCCUGUGACACCUGUGCCAGUGCCCAGGCCAGCCUCCGUGAGGUUGGCAAAGCCAUCAUCAGCAUCUGCCAGAGCCAGAACAUCCCCUCAGCCCUCAGCAGGUUCCAGCUGGCAGAGGAGAGCACGGGCAGAAGGGCUCUGUCUGCAGUGGACAUGAGCCACUGGGCCUCGGAGCAGAGCAGGGACCUGUCCCGCAUCUGCAAACACCUCCAGAGGCUGCUGCAGCAGCUCAGCCCUCUGAAAGCUGAGCUGGAAGAGGCAGAGAAACAGAGAGAUGAGCUGAGGAGACAGGCUGAGGACUUCUCCCGCUUGCUUGAGGCAGAGAGGCAGACUCAGGAGCAGCAGAGGAAGGAGGCUGAGCAGAGCCUGGCAGCAAAGAGCAGAGAACAUUGCGAGGCCAUAGCCAGGCUGGAGCAGGACAAGGCUGAGCUGCAGAGAGGAGCUGCUCUGCUGGGAGAACAAUUCUCUGCCCUGAAGGAGGAGCUGGCAGCCAAGCAGGCUGUGCUGCAGGAGCUGGAAGUGACCAAGACCACCUUGCUGGAGGAGAUGAGGACCACAGUGGUGGCCAAGAGUCAGGUCCUGGAGCUGGAGGAGAAGGUGCAGCUGCUCAGCAGCCAGCGGGAGAGCCUGGGCCAGGAGCUGAGCAGCACCUCUGUACAGCUGGAGAAGGAGAAGGCCAAAGUGCAGAGCAUCCUGAGGCACGAGGAGUCUCUGCAGGCCAAGCUGAGGCUCCUGCUGCAGCAUUUCAGCAGCCUGGCCCAGGAGCAUGAGGAGCUGCAGGGCAGCCUGGGGGAGGCUGAGGAGGACAAGGCCAAGCUGGAGGAGCAGCUGGAGGAGAGCCGGCAGCGGAGCGGGCAGCAGCUGCGGGCACAGCAGGAGCUGCUGGCCAAGCUGCAGCAGGAGAAGCUGAGCCUGGAGCAGUCGGUCAGGGAGCUGCAGGCCAACAUCUCCAAGCUGGAGGAGCAGACACAGCAGCUGCAGGAGCAGGAGAGGCUCCUGGUGCUCUUCCCUGAGCUCCACAGCCCUGCCAAGACACUGCUGGAGAGUAAGGGAGUGGGCAGCAGUGCCUGUGGCUCCACACGGUGGGGUCUGCCAGAGCACUGUUCGUCCAGCUCCUUUUGUCCUGUUGCUGUGCCAAGGCACUGCCAUCCCAGCACAUCUCCCUGCCCGGGGGCUGCCAGUGCAGCCUCUGGCCCAGCAAACAAAGCAGGGCUGGGCAGAGCUUUGCUUGCCCUCCGGGUCCCAGCUGCCACCUGCCAGGCUGUGCUGGUGCUCCCUGCUCGGGUGGCCACGGUGCUCCAGCUCCUGCCCCAGGGCUGCCCUCUUGUGCUUGCAGGCAGCGGGAACGUGGCCGAGGACAUGGAGAAGCAGCUGCAGGCCAACAGCCUCCGCAUGCAGGUGCUGCAGCAGGACAGCGCAAGGCUCCGCUCGGCGCUGGCCAAGCUGAAGGUGGCUGCUGAGCAGGGGGUGCUGAAGCUCGUCCCGCAGAGCCAGCUCUGUUGCCAGCUCAGCAACCAGCCCGGCAGGGAGAGCAGUGGGCAGGACACAGGGCAGCCCAGCAGCUGGAGCAGUGUGGACACCGCAGGGUCGCAGGGACGCGCAGGCAGCACCCAGCAGCAGCCUCCCAGCAGCCACUGGCCAAAGCCACCCUUGGCACAGCCCAAGGGCAAGCCCCGACCCUGCCUCUCCUUCCCAGCUAAGCACCUGGUGCUGAGCCCUGAUGAAGCCAGCGGGAAGGGCAGACCCUGCCUACCCCUCCUCCCGCCCCAGCCACGCUCUGCCCACACCAAACGUUUCUGAGCCCGAGGCAGGAGGGCAGGUUGGGGGAGCAGACAGCUGCACAACCCCCACCCAGGCUGGCACCCCUGAGAAGGAGCUCCUGGCCUGAAGUUCAGGCCUUCCACAGAACCUGCCCAGUCCCCUGCUCUGUGCCCACCACCAAGAGCCUGCACACCAGAGCUGCUGCCAGCCUGAGGACACAGCUGAGCUACUCAGGGACCUUUUUGCCCCAGUCUUCACUGGUACUGGAGACCAUAACCUGUGCCCACCUGGGGCCACCAGCACAAGAGAGACAUGGACCUGCUGGAAAGGGUCCAGAGGAAGCCACAAAGAUGAUCAGGGGGCAGAACCUCUGCUGUGGGAACAGGCUGGGAGAGUUGGGGCUGCUCAGCCUGGAGAAGGCUCCAGGGAGACCUUAGAGCUGCAUUUCAGUACCUGCAGGGGACCUGCAGGCAGGCUGGGGAGGGACUGCUCAGAAGGGCCUGUGGGGAUAGGACAAGGGACAAGGGUUUGGAACUGGAGCAGGGCAGAGGUAGGUUGGAGAUCAGGAGGAAGUUCUGCCCAGUGAGGGUGGUGAGACACUGGCACAGGCUGCCCAGGGAUGUGGCUGAGGCCCUGUCCCUGCAGACAUUCAGGCUCAGCCUUGCUGUGUCCCUGUGCAGCCUGCUCUGGUUGGAGGUGUCCCUGCUGGCUGCAGGGGGCUGGACAAGAUGCCCUUGGAGGGUCCCUUCCAGCCUGAUGCCAUCUGAUUCUGUCUGCCCAAGCCUUGGCAAGGUCCAGACUCGUGGUGACCACAGGGACCCUCUGCCACAGACAAGCCACUGGACCUUGGAGCAGAGCAAGGACCUGUCCCACCUGCAGGCCCCACACAGGCUUGUGCUUGGGGGUGUGCCAGAGCUGCCAGGGCACCCUGCUGGCCCCGGACACACCAGCACUGUUUGUCCUGCUGGUGAGGCUCGGCCCUGGGCUGUGCCAAGCUGCUGCCGCUGCAACACGGAAACUUGCGUGGGGGUUGUGCACGCAGCCUCUGCCCCAGCAAAUAAAGCAGCCACUGGCCAAAGCCACCCUGGGCAGUGCCCAAGGGCAAGGCCCAACCCUGCUUCUUCCCAGCUAA